CAGAUACAUUAACACUACUGUUACACACCCAACACAACUGCUACAGACAGAGGAUCCCCUGCACUGACUGCUGGCGAGAGAGACAGAGAGAGAGAGAGAGAGACAGAGGAGCCCCUGCACUGACUGCUGGCGAGAGAGACAGAGAGAGAGAGAGAGAGACAGAGGAUCCCCUGCACUGACUGCUGGCGAGAGAGACAGAGAGAGAGAGAGAGAGAGAGACAGAGGAUCCCCUGCACUGACUGCUGGUGAGAGAGACAGACAGAGGGUCCCCAGCACUGACUGCUGGUGAGAGAGACAGACAGAGGGUCCCCUGCACUGACUGCUGGUGAGAGAGACAGACAGAGGGUCCCCUGCACUGACUGCCGGUGAGAGAGACAGAGAGAGAGAGGAUCCCUGCACUGACUGCUGGUGAGAGAGACAGAGAGAGACAGACAGAGGAUCCCUGCACUGACUGCCGGUGAGAGAGACAGAGAGAGAGACAGAGAGAGGAUCCCUGCACUGACUGCUGGUGAGAGAGACAGAGAGAGAGACAGAGGAUCACUGCACUGACUGCUGAUCCUCUUCGGACACCUUCCCUCGGAAUCACAGGUUACAGAUCCUCUUCGGACACCUUCCCUCGGAAUCACAGGUUACAGAAGACCAUGUUACAGAAGCUGAAGGAUUUAUUUACCAGCGUUUGCUCAUAUCUUCUAUAUAAAACUCUAGGAAUACAAAUAAGAAGAACUAAAUGUGUUGGGAUAUUUUCCCGGGAAGGAGAGAGUAAUUACAAGUUUCUCCAGGACUUUCUGACAUCAUCGCGCAGCGUAGUCAGAGACGUGAGGCCGUUCCUCAUCACAAACAAUGGUCAGCAACAGUUCAGGGAGGAGGCGCGGAGGUGCGAUGUGGCCAUCCUGUAUCACUCCAAGAGGAGAGGAAGAGUGAAUAUCACCAAUGUGACGGACUGUCUGUAUAGCGAGGAGCUGGACUAUCUACACAGGAUGCUAGGGAAGCAUAACGUGAUUGCAGUGGCCGAUGACCUGGAUCGCAGCUCUGCAGAGGAAAAGCAGCGGAUUCUUCAUGAACAGCCCCAGAUUCAGCAAAUGGCUCGGGAUCUCUUUCUAUUCAGUGAGGAGAACAAAAGAGAAGAAGACUCCCACAUGAAUAAGACUCUGCACGACAUAUUAUAUAUCAUUAAUCACGCUUUCUUCCUACAUAUAGAUUCACGUAAGGAGAAAGAGAGUCCUAUAUUGCAACGGACGGGUGGUGAUGACGUCAUGCAUUGGCGCCGUCCCUCUGCUUCCAAACGCGGUCCUCGCCAUGUGGGUGAAAUGGGAUAUAAGAAGACCAUGUUACAGAAGCUGAGGGAUUUCAUUACCAGCGUUUGCUCAUAUCUUCUAUAUAAAACUCUAGGAAUACAAAUAAGAAGAACUAAAUGUGUUGGGAUAUUUUCCCGGGAUGGAGAGAGUAAUUACAAGUUUCUCCAGGACUUUCUGACAUCAUCGUGCAACAUAGUCAGAGACGUGAGGACGUUUGUCAUCACAAACGAUGGUCAGCAACAGUUCAGGGAGGAGGCACGGAGGUGCGAUGUGGCCAUCCUGUAUCACUCCAAGAGGAGAGGAAGAGUGAAUAUCACCGAUGUGACGGACUGUUUGUAUAGCGAGGAGCUGGACUAUCUACACAGGAUGCUAGCGGCUGUAUUCCCUACAGGGAAGCGUAACGUGAUUGUAGUGGCCGAUGACAUGGAGCGCAGCUCAGCAGAGGAAAAGCAGCGGAUUCUACAUGAACAGCCCCAGAUUCAGCAAAUGGCUCGGGAUCUCUUUCUAUUCAAUGAGGAGAACAAAAGAGAAGAAGAUUCCCACAUGAAUAAGACUCUGCACGACAUAUUAUAUAUCAUUAAUCACGCUUUCUUCCUACAUAUAGAGUCACACAAGCAGGAUGAGAUUCCUAUAUUGACUCCGUUGGCUGUGCGCAUACUUCAGCAUAUUGCUCAUGUGACUGAGCACACUGUCAGGCCUAUUGCGGAGCGUUUGCAGAUCCUCCAGUGACGGAGUGCGUUGCGUUGGACGAGUUUAUACCAUUCAGCAUUACGGACCAAGAAAACCACGUUAUUCACUGGACCGAUGCCUGCUUUACCUGCCCUGGACUGAUCAGUGGUUUAUCACUCCCAGAACAAUGCUUUAUAUAUAUACCUUCACGUAUAUUGGACCUGAUUCAGUAAGGAUUGCAAAUUCUGGUAAGUAGCAGAAUUUGCAAUCCUUUCGAUCGCAUGCUGGGGGCCGCCCAUCUUGCUAUCACCCCCCUUUCCUGCCCUGAUCGGCGCUGUCCCGAUCACACCCACGCCACGCCCCUCGUUCUUGCUGUCAUGCUUUCGUUGCCCAGUCGCCGCCACCGCAAAGCUCCGUCUCCACCUUGGAAACUGAGUAUUGCCGCCCUUCUCCCACGGGGGCCCUGCGUAUGCGCCCAUGGGGAAAUUGUAAAAUUCCGGUUGGAUCACUAUUUGCGAUCCAACUUGAAUUAGCCCCAUUAUGUGUCGCUAGGUCCCAGGCAGUAUAAUAAAUCCCCUGUAAUUCUAUGUAUCUGAGGGGUUUGUGACAAGAAAUCAUUAUUUGGAAAUUGUAAAGACGCAUUCUAAGAACCAGGGAAAGGAUGUAAUGUGCCAGUGGGUUAUUAAUGAAAUGAUUUACUGUGGGCAAUACAGUAACCUGUGCGGUGUCUGUACCAUAAACCAUAUAACGUGGAGGGUGUCACUGUAUGAACAAUGUGGGUCAUUCCGAGUUGAUCACUAGCUGAAAAUGUUCGCUGCGCUGCGAUUAAGUAAAAAACCGGCACUUAUGCGUGCGACGUACUUUCACAAUGGCCGAUGUUUUUUCACACAAGGUCUAGCGAAGCUUUUCAGUCGCACUGCUGGCCGCAGAGUGAUUGACAGGAAGAGGGCGUUUCUGGGUGUCAACUGACCGUUUUCAGGGAGUGGUCGAAAAAAACGCAGGCAUGCCAGGAAAAUCGCAGGCGUGUCUGCGCGAACGCAGGGCGUGUUUGUGACGUCAAAUCCGGAACUGAACGGUCUGAAGUGAUUGCAAGCGCGGAGUAGGUCUGAAGCUACUCAGAAAUUGCACAAUAAUUUUUUGUAGCCGCUCUGCGAUCCUUUCGUUCGCACUUCUGCUAAGCUAAAAUACACUGCCAGAGGGUGGCGGCUUAGCGAUUGCACGACUGCUUAAAACUGCUAGCGAGCGAUCAACACGGAAUGACCCCCAGUAAACCUUGAUUUAGCCAUGACAUUUUUGUUUUGUUUUUUGUGUGUUAGGAUUAUUUAGAAACUUCAGAUGCGUCCUCAUACACCUACAGUAGCCGCAAUAUGUCAUGUGGUGCAAACACCGCGUGCAGCAGAGACGAGAGGUCACUCACAGCACUGUACAGACGCCGGACUGCAUUGCUAAUGAAUAUUCUUAUACAAUAUGUACAAGUUCAGUAACUUUAUAUAAUAGCAAAAGGAACCAAUAAAUCAUCAAAACUACAAA